AUGGAGAAGACCUACUCAUUGACGGCCCACUACGACGAGUUUCAGGAGGUGAAGUAUGUGAGCAAGUACCAGAGCGGCACCCUGCCCAAUGGCUUUGCCCUCCAGCUGGGCACCGGGGCCAAGAAACGCCGCGGGGGGCUGCCGCGCUGGAGCCGCAGGGAGGUCUGCCUGCUCUCGGGGCUGGUGUUCGCCGCGGGGCUCUGCGUCAUCUUGACGUGCAUGUUGGUCCUCAAAUACCUGGCAGCCGAAGGGGACAGCUACUGCCUGGAGGGGUGCCAGGAGAAGAAGGCCUUCCUGCGGGCAUCCCGCUUCCUCAGCGCCAACAUGGAUGCCACCAUCGACCCCUGCCAGGACUUCUACUCCUUCGCCUGUGGUGGCUGGCUCCGGCGACACGGCAUUCCCGAGGACAAGCUGGUGUACGGCACCAUCGGGGCUAUCGCCGAGCAGAAUGAGGCCAAGCUGCGGGCGCUGCUGAGCCGCCCCGUGCGGCGCCGAGCCCCCGCCUCGGCCGAGAGGAAGGUCAAGGAGUUUUUCCGCUCGUGCCUGGACCGGGCUGAGAUUGACCGGCUGGGCCCGCGGCCCAUGCUGGAGGUCAUCGGGGAGUGCGGCGGCUGGGACGCCCCCCCAGGCCGCGGGGACCUCAACGAGCUGCUCUACAAGACGCAGGGGGUCUACAGCGCCGCUGUGCUCUUCUCCCUCACCGUCAGCCUGGACGAGAGGAACACCUCCCGCUACGUCAUCCGGAUCGACCAGGAUGGGCUGACGCUGCCCGAACGGACCCUCUACCUGGGGCAGGACGAGGAGAGCGAGAAGAUCCUGGCCGCGUACCGGGUGUUCAUGGAGCGGCUGCUCACCCUCCUGGGGGCCGAGCAUGUGGAGCAGAAGGCCCAGGAGAUCCUGCAGCUGGAGCAGCACCUCGCCAACAUCACGGUGUCCGAGUAUGAUGACGUGCGGAGGGACGUCAGCAGCAUGUACCACAAAGUGACCCUGGGCGAACUGCAGCGCAUCACUCCCACGCUCAAGUGGAAGCGCUUGCUGGACCGCAUCUUCCACGACAACUUCUCGGAGGAGGAGGAGGUGGUGCUGCUGGCCACCGACUACAUGCACAAGGUGUCCGACCUCAUCCGCGUGACACCCAGCAGGAUCCUUCACAACUACAUGCUGUGGCGCAUCGUGGUGGUGCUGAGCGAGCACCUCUCCACUCCCUUCCGCGACGCCAUCCAUGAGCUCUCCAAGGAGAUGGAGGGCAACGAAAAGCAGCUCGAGCCGGGCAAGAUCUGCCUGAGCCAGGCCAACAAGCACUUUGGCAUGGCCCUGGGCGCCCUCUUCGUUGAGGAGCACUUCUCCUCUGCCAGCAAAGCCAAGGUGCAGCAGCUGGUGGAGGACAUCAAAUACAUCCUGGACCAGCGCCUGGAUGAGCUGGACUGGAUGGACGAGGAGACGCGGAGAGCGGCCAGGGCCAAGCUCCGGUACCUGAUGGUGAUGAUUGGGUACCCCGAUUUCCUGAUGAAGCCGGAGGCCAUCGACAAGGAGUAUGAGUUCGAGGUGGAUGAGAAGACCUACUUCAAGAACAUCCUCAACAGCAUCGCCUUCGGCAUCAGGCUCUCGGUGAAGAAGAUCCGGCAGGAGGUGGACAAGUCUGUGUGGAGGGUGCCCUCCCCCCAGUUGCAAUGGUCUCCUGUGUCCCCAGUGUUCCCCGCUGGCAUCCUGCAGCCCACCCUCUAUGACCCUGAGUUCCCGCAGUCUCUGAACUAUGGCGGGAUCGGCACCAUCAUUGGGCACGAGCUGACCCACGGCUACGAUGACUGGGGGGGACAGUACGACCGGCAUGGGAACCUGGUGCACUGGUGGACAGAACGGUCAUACAGCAAAUUCCUGAAGAAGGCACAGUGUAUUGUCAACCUCUACGACAACUUCACCGUCUACAACCAGCGGGUGAGACCCUUCUCACCUGCUGGGCAAUGCCUGGGCACUCACUGCCCUUUGGUGGGGGCACCCCUUGUUCUCCAGGCCUACCAGAAGUGGGUGCGGGAGCAUGGCCCCGAGCACCCACUGCACCACCUGAAAUACACCCACGACCAGCUCUUCUUCAUCGCCUUCGCCCAGAACUGGUGCAUCAAGCGGCGAUCCCAGUCCAUCUACCUGCAGGUGCUGACGGACAAGCACGCCCCGGAGCACUACAGGGUCCUGGGCAGUGUCUCACAGUUUGAGGAGUUCGGACGGGUUUUCCACUGCCCCAAGAACUCACCCAUGAACCCAGUGCACAAGUGCUCAGUGUGGUGA